AUUCCUGGGAGGAAAAGGUUCAUCAAAAUAUCUGACCUUCGCAUCCAUAGCUAGAAAAAUCAAUUUUUUUCACAAACCAAGAUGGAGAGAAUUGAAGCUUGUAGUGGUCUUGACAAGUUUCAUUGAGGAAUUUACAAUUAUAAACAUAGCUUGUUUCCAUGACAAUCUGUUUCCCUCUGUCUCCUUGUGGAGAGUUGAUGAAUGUCUGCAAUAGGACUAUGUUGAUGACAUGUAAUAGCUUUGGCUUCAAUCAAAAGAGGGAGAGGAUAAUACAGGAAUGGGAAAGGAGGACCGUCAUUAAUCGAGAGAAAAAAAAUUGCGAAGGCUUAAACACUGAGAUGUAGCCUCAGGAACUGUAACUUGUUAAAUUCUUUAAGGCUACGAAAUUGCGGGGAAGGAAUUAUAGAAGACUGAUGAAGAAUUUCUCUCCCUAGUUGAUAUUGUGACAGUGACUUAAAGUUGAUGAAUUUAGAAAGAUUGGAUUUCCGUGGUAAUGGAAUGCCAUGUCUCGUUUUUGGUGCCUGUACAAAAUUGUGAUACUGUUUUUUGUCAUGAUAGUUUCUAUUACCAUGUUCAGAGACAGUGUGAAUAACAUUAAUCAAUGAGGGAUUUCCAUUUUGAGCUACUGCAGUUUUUAUUGCAUGGCCGAUGUUUAAGGCUAUGAAGGAUUCUGUUCUGAGCUGUCUGUUUGGGGGAUUCUCGGGUCAUUCCCAAUGUGGACAGGAAGCCACUGUCCCCAGGGAUCGCAGCCCUCACCAACGUCAACCCACAGCAGCCAUGGACUGGAAUGUAGGUCAAGAGAGUAACAGGAGGGGGCCCACAAAAAAGCUCAGCAGGGGGUCAAGCCCAAGGAAACCUGAAACUAUUCCACUGAUGGUUUCAACCAGUCAACCUCAAAAGCAGAGACCUCAGUAUUUGCUGGACCUUAAGAGUGACACUCCAUAUUUAGAAUCUGACCUUGUGAUAUCUAGAUCAAGGACACCUGCCUCAGAUGUGAGCCAUCAACAACAGCCUCAUGUGCUAAGAGCAGAAGCGGAUGUCCAUCAAAGUUACCAUGACAACCAUCACUAUGAUGAUCUCCCAGUCAGGGGAAUUUUGAAGAAGAAACCUCACUCUUACAUGAUUUCACCAAGUUCUGUGUCGAGGACCACCUAUGAAAAUGCUAGAUCUCCGGAGAGUCCUAUAUACUUGUCCCUUCAGUCAAGAUCAGGGGCCACGAGUCAUGACCCUCAGGCAGCAGACAAACCCAUUAGACCAGGGGAAUUGUCCCAAGAGUCUAUUGACUUCUGGAACUUCCUGCUGAGAGAAUUUAGAAAGGAGGAAAGUGCCAAGAAGAGGGAGGCUUUUCUAAACAUGCUUUCCAAGCGAUACCCUCAGUAUGCCGAGCGGAUCCAUCGCCCCUCCAGUGAAAGUGGAUACCCUGUCCAGAAUCGCCGCCCCAGAGACCCACAUCGGCGAGCUACCACAGUGGUGACUUAUAACCCGGGCUGUGAGCAGGACUUUGACAAUCGGUCAGACACCAUGUCCAGCUCGGAGGGACCGACACUGAGGCGAGGGGGAUGGAUGAGGAACAGCAUGCCAGUGAUGAAAUCCCCACCAAACAUGUACGACAAAAUGGCAGGUGUUGUAUUUUUGGUGGUCGGGGACCAGACAAAGAAAGCGGAACUUCCAAAUGAGAUAACCCACCUGGACACGGUGAGAGCAUUGUUUGUCCGAUCAUUCCCCAAGAAACUGACCAUGGAGUAUCUGGCCUCCCCCAAGCAAAAGAUCUACAUCUUGGACACAAUGACAAAUAUAUACUACCAGCUGGAGGAUCUACAGGACAUCAAGAAUCGUACUGUGUUACGACUGUAUAAUUCUGACAGCGAAGACCCUCAGCAAGUCCGAGAACCACCCCCAGAGGUACGAGGAAAACAAAUGCAGGUGUCCAGGGAACCCACUCCUCCCAGAAUUCCAGAACAAGGUAGAAGAUCACAGACCCUCCCUACAGGAAUGACGCAUUCCUAUCCCCCAUAUCAAGAAAACCAGGUGCCACAUGGGACAAAGUCAACAGAUAGGUCAAGGUCACUGCCCAGAGGUCAAGGACCAGACUAUGGAUACAUUACAUAUCAUUCCACAGACAGAAUGCAGAAUUCAGUAGAUGGUCAUCAUUACCCAUCCACCUCUCCGGAUCGUCCGAAUCUUCGCCCCAUUCCAGAACAUCGUCACUACCUGAAUGGACAUUCCCAUGGUCAUGAGAUCAGGCGUUCCCCGCCUACUAACAGGAGUCGAUCAGCUGAUCCAUACUACAGGGACCUAUCACCCCCAGCACAUGCAAUCACUGCCCCUGGAGCACCCCCACAGACUUACAUAGCUACAGGAGUGAGGGCAAACACCAUGGUCUCCCCACUCAGAGCAACAGGCCCCUCAGGUCAAGAUUCAAGAAACUUAAAUCGUCACACUUUGGCUUUUACUCCGAUGGGAGAACCCACGAACGGAACCAUGCGAUCCCAGAGUUACCGCGUGCCCUCAGAUUCCAGCCAGCAUAUCCCUCAGAGACCUAGGAGUGUCACCCCACAACCCUACCCCCAGGAGGAAGUCAACCAAUUUCGUAUGGACAAGAUGGAGGAGCAGAUUGCAAGCCUGGCAGCUUGGGUACAGACCGCCGUGUCCAGUACAAGUCGCACUACCAGUGUCCAUAGCAGUCACACCACUACUCCAUCUGAGCAGCCUAGCUCAGCUACUAGUAUUGAGGAAGCCAGUCUCUUACCUGUCAGUAGAGGUCUUUCUGACAUUUCGGGAGUCACACAGAAGGCUGUGACCAAGAAUCUGAAGGAUGGAAUUCUGACGAUAAAGAAACAGGCAUCUCAUCUAAAGGGGGAUCUCCGACAGAUUCGACGCCUUCAUCAGCUGAACAAAGAAAGCCUGCAGGAGUCGAUACACGACACCAUGAAAAAAAUAGCAACAGCCUUACGAAGUGUACCUGGUGCAGAACAUCAGUUGCUACGACAACACAGAGUGGAAGCAGAUACCACAACUCAGAAAUACCUGGAAAAGAAAUGUCAGGCCAGCAAAGAACUCAGUGAUCUGGAGGGAGCUGUAGAAGAGUUGAGGGAGGAUGUGAUUUCACGUCAAUGUCAUGUCAACAUGUCUGAUGUAGAGGGCAUGGCCCUAAUGCUGAGUACAGUCACCAAGACAUUUGGGGAACUCAAAGCUGCUUUCCCAGAAAUGCAAAAGGAUCUGAAGAAAGUAAUGGCUGGAGAAAUGGAGAUUGUUGUCACAGAAGAAAAAUUUCUGAAAGAGGAGCCCGAGGCAAUAGAAGAAGCUUUAAAGCGAUGUAAACGUUUAACUGGUACCCUGUUCACUCUCAAAAGGUUAGCAUCAGUGCAAGAGCACAGAGCUCCUCAGGUUCCCACAAAGCGUGUGGGAGGGAAGAUUCCAUCAGAAGAGGACAAAAAAGCUUUGUUGGAGAACAUUAGGGCCAUGGUCCCCGAUCAUCAAACCCGAGUGUUGAAGUUAGAGGCAGCUGAUGCAUCUAGACAACGAAAGAAAAACAUUAUCACACAACAGGAAGCCCUCAAGUUUGGAAAGUCUUUAGAAAUUGCUACACGUCUGCUUCGACCCAGCAAUAAGGAGUCAGUAUCGUCUGCUGAUGAUGGAGUCACCAAGUCGUCUGCUUCUGAACAAGUUCCUGCUGGUCAGUCUUCCUCCUCAGCUACCUCAGUCAGCGUGAAACCAAACACGGUGUUGUCAUCAAUUCCAUCCUCAGCCAUCACAGCUACAUCCAUCUCACCAUCAGAAUCAACUGCUGUCAAGUCAGAUAGGUCGCCAUCUUCUCGAGAAGUUUCGGAAAAACAGAGUGAGGAGUUUGUUAAUCAAGAAGAUGACCCCUGUCUACAGGCAGCACUUCUAGCAAAGAAAAAGGAUAUCGCUAGGGCAGCAUUUUUUAGUUCAAUGACCACUCCCCCUACCUCACCCUCACCCUCGGAUGAAUUGAAAUCUUUCUCACCACCUAGACCUUUAAUGGAUUAUACAGUUCAUAUAUCACAAGUGAAAGAUUCCAGUACUGGUGAAACUCAGUACACAGUUACAGAUGGACGAUUUUCACAGGCUUCUCAUUCAUCCGCGACUGCUCAACUAGUGACGUCUACUACAACUGCCACCCCCACAGGAAGUAAUGCCAUUUCACUGGCGAGUACUCGAUUAAGUCCAACAAACAUUCCAAGAAUCUCCUCUAUAGUGAAGUCAACAGAAACAGUGGAAUCAUCCAAAAUCACUAGAAAAAUAAGAACCUCCACACCUAUUGCUAGUAAAGAUAGUGAAAAAACGGUUUCGAAAAUUCCUAGCCUUAGAAAAGAUGGACAAAGUGAAAGUAGCAGUGGACCAGAUGUACGGCCUAAAAAAAUACCUCCUCCCCCACCCCCAAGGAAAAGCAGUCGUUUACCAAGUCCUGGGGUCAAAAUGGACACUGAAGUUUCUCAAAAUGGAAGUGUGUCUAUAGUUUCAUCCAAGCCAAAAAUUCCCCCCAAAGACAUAACCAUCCUGGGAGGGCACCAAAUGCAGGUGAAAGAUUCUGGAAUUGGUACCUCCACCCCAAAGUCUAGCAUUCUUCCAAAACCUUCAAGUAAAUUUGAGAAAGGGAUUAUUGAGGCCAUAGCUGUCCAAAAUAAAGAGAGUUUUAAGGAUAGUGGAACAAAAUUGGAGUCCCAUGAACAGACAUUGUCAGAACAAGAGGCACAAGGGGCCAGAGCUAAAAUGCCCCCUCCCGGCAAAAAACCCAAACCACCCCCUCCUCAGAGGAAAUCUAGUCUCUCUCAUUCUGAAGAAAAAUCACAGACUCUGAAAACAAAGGAGGAUUUGUAGGGUCUAAACAGAGGAAAUUCAGACUUAACACAUGGUGCUGAUUAAGAUGUUGUUUUGCAACAGUUUAACCUCAUUCUACAAAAUUAGGUCUCUGUGAUCUUUGACAAAGUUUGAUGUAGUCAAAUUACAUAUUUAUAAUUUUGUUAAUUGAUAACUUAAUUCAAAGAUUGAGUGUUGUUGACAUAUGGGCUCUUUCUCAUGUGUUUUUACAUGUUUACAUCGACUUAGAAUUAUUUUUUUCUCACAUCUACCUCUGAAUAGAAAGGAUCCUCCUUGUUCAAUUCUAGUCAAUUUCAUGCAGAAUGAUAAUAUGGUGUCUAAACUUAAAUGGUUGUGUUUUUUGCAUGCUUAUUAAUGAAUUAUUGAUCAGACAAUGAACCAUAGCUGAGCUUGAAUUUUUUUCAUACAAUGAAAAAAAUAAAAUUUUGAAACUGAAA